AUGAACAGUGGCAAUAGCAGCGGCAGCGGCAGCGGCACUACAUUUCCCAGCACCCUCAACAUCACGACCCUCACAGCCCACAACAACCAGUCUGUACUCGAAUGCUGGGCCCUCCAACCAGGCUACUCCCUCACAUCCGAAGCCGGCGUAUCCGGUAACGUCGUCCUCGACCUCGGGCCCAUCACCAACAACGCAACCAACAUCCUCAUCCCCGCCAAGUAUGACGGCGGCCGACAUAAUGCCCCCGCGCUGCAGUGGGUGAUUUUCCUCUCCGGACUGGCGCAUAUCACACUACCGUACUCCGACGAUGAGGCGUGGGUGAGCGGGGGCAAGAACGGCGCGAUCCUGGCGCUGGAUACGAAGGAAGUCAGCGCGGAGGGCCAUGCGACGACUUAUCCGUCUGGAGAGAUGACGGUCGCGUUGGAGGUGCCCUUGUCGCAGGUGCCGGAGCAUCGGGUGUUGCACUCGGGGGCUUGUCGGGUCGGGGAGACGUUGGCUUAG